AUGCCCGGAGGUCUCCUCCUCGGGGACGAGGCUCCCAACUUCGAGGCAAAUACUACCAUCGGCCGCAUCCGUUUCCACGACUAUCUGGGAGACUCAUGGGGCAUUCUCUUCUCCCACCCUCGGGACUUUACCCCUGUGUGUACCACGGAGCUCGGCAGAGCAGCGAAGCUGGCACCAGAAUUUGCCAAGAGAAAUGUUAAGAUGAUUGCUCUUUCCAUAGACAGUGUGGAAGACCAUCUUGCAUGGAGCAAGGAUAUCAACGCUUACAAUGGUGAAGAGCCCACGGAAAAGUUACCUUUUCCCAUCAUUGAUGAUAAGAAUCGGGACCUUGCCAUCCAGUUGGGCAUGCUGGACCCAGCAGAGAAAGACGAAAAGGGCAUGCCUGUGACUGCUCGUGUGGUGUUUAUUUUUGGUCCUGAUAAGAAACUGAAACUGUCCAUCCUCUACCCAGCUACCACUGGCAGGAACUUUGAUGAGAUUCUCAGAGUAAUUAUCUCUCUCCAGCUGACAGCAGAAAAGAGGGUGGCCACCCCGGUUGACUGGAAGAAUGGGGACAGCGUGAUGGUCCUUCCAACCAUCCCCGAAGAGGAAGCCAAAAAACUUUUCCCUAAAGGAGUCUUCACCAAAGAGCUCCCAUCUGGCAAGAAAUACCUCCGCUACACACCCCAGCCAUAG